UAACAACUAAGUGACCACUUAGGUAUAAGGGGAAUAACUCGAUUAUAUUAUCUCCAACAAAUUCUUACGAAAUACCAGAAAAAUGUCGAUCGCUCCACGUGCAGUUUUGAUCACUGGUGCAAACAGGGGUCUGGGAUUAGAAUUCGUCAGACAGAUCGUCUGCCUUUCAACGCCGCCAAAAUAUUUGUUCGCAACAUGUAGGAACCCGGAUUCGGCAACGUGUCUUCAAGAAAUUGCAAAGGCACACUCCUGUAUAACGGUGAUGAAAUUCGAUGUAUGCGACUUCAGUAGCUACAGUAACUUGAAGGAGAAUAUUUCCUCGAUACUAGAAGUUGAAGGUCUUAACUUAGUUGUGUGUAAUGCUGGCAUCCUAGUUCGGUCAAGUUUCGAGGACACCACUCCAGAUGUGAUGACGUCAGUGUUUACAACAAACGCCAUAGCACCGAUGACCCUUGUGCAGACUUUCGGGCCGCUGCUUAAACUAGCGUCAGAGAAAUCGUCGAAGAAAGGAAUGUCCUGGCGAAAAGCCGCAGUGGUGAACGUUUCGUCAGAUUUGGGUUCUGUCGGGGGUAACAACAGCGGUGGUAUGUACCCGUACCGGGCUUCAAAGGCGGCACUGAACAUGAUAACGAAAACCCAGAGCAUUGAUUUGAAAGCGGAUGAUAUUUUAGCUGUUGCCGUUCACCCAGGUUGGGUUCGUACUGAUUUGGGAGGCCAGACAGCCCCUGUCUCUCCGACUGAGAGUGUCCAGGGUAUGCUCGAAGUUUUCUCCACUCUGUCCGAGGACAAAAGUGGAAGUCUAUUCGACUUCAAGGGUGAAAUCUUGCCGUGGUGAUGCGUCACUAAGUCUUUCCAAGGACAGGGACCUGGGAAUUUAUUACAGGGUGGGUAGGUGUAUUCGGACCUAAUUUGUGCAUUUAAGGGCCAGAUGAACAUUUGGUAAAUCACGAUUCGCCUCCGUAAAUAAUGUAUGGAACCAUGGGAUAGACUGAUUUAACUUAAUCAGAGAUAUUUCAGUGAAUACACCUCAAAACCGAUUCAACACAAAUCAACUUAGAUAUAUUAAACAAACUGUCAACGAAUGUUUCAUAUUGCAUAUGUAUAAAGUAAUUCUAGUUCUGUAUGCCAUGGUGUGGAAUAAUUCUUAUGGUUUUUUGUGUGUGUUACAGUGCUUGUGUUAAGUAAUAUCAAUGUUAAAGUCUGAAUACAACAAGAACCCCACUCUAUGUGUAUUUUGACUAUCCUAGUGUGUGUAGCACAUAACAUUCGGUAAAUAUAGCAAAUUCUCGUGUCCCUGUGGUGUAGU